AUGGUCGGUGCACUAUUUGCGGCCAUUUUGUCCGAUCGAUAUGGCCGUCUGCGAGCGAUGUUCUACGGAGGCGCGGUCAUCAUUGUCGGCAUGAUUAUUGCGGCCACUGCUACAACCACCAGCCAGUUUGUCGUUGGUCGAGCUAUCGUCGGCGUGGGGACAGCGUUCAUGAGUGUCUCUGCCCCGUCCUAUUGUCUUGAGAUUGCCAUGCCACAUUUGGCCAAUGGACGGGAAUUAGAGGCUGAGGACUUUAUUGUCAAAUAUCACGGCAACGGGCGCCGGGACUCCCCCCUCGUGCUCCUUGAGAUUCAUGAGAUGAAGCAAUGCAUCCGCCAGGAUGGUAUCGACAAAAGAUCAUUUGACUAUCGACCACUCUUGCUAACACACAGUGGGCGAUGGCGACUGGCGCAGGUUUUGAUGAUGGCCAUCUUCGGACAAUUUUCCGGGAAUGGCCUGGGUUACUUCAAUACUGUUAUCUUUGCAAACCUUGGCAUAAAUAGUGUGCCUCAGCAAUUGGCGUAUAAUAUCAUACACUCUGUCGUGGGGCUUGUCGCAACGCUCGCAUCUCUUUGUGUAAUUGAUCGCAUAGCCCGGCGAAAGCUCCUUGUUCUAGGCUCACUAGCAUGUGCUCUUACGCUGGCCAUCAACUCUGGACUGUCUGCAGCUUUGUAUUCUCAGGAUAAUCAUGUACAAAAGUCCUAUGCCAAAGGCGCACUUGCAGCUUAUUUUUUGUUUGCCGUCGUCUUCGGCUUCACGUAUACUCCACUACAGAGUAUUGUUCCAACCGAAGCACUUGAGACUACUACCAGGGCCAAGGGAAUGGCCAUCUACAAUCUUGCGGUUGGUGCUUCAAGCUUUAUCAACCAGUUCUGUGGCCCUAUUGGCCUUGGAAAUAUGGGCUACAAAUAUAUUUACAUCUUCGUUGGGUGGAACGUAGUUGAGGCUAUUUUGUGCGUCGAGGCACAAGGUCGCACUCUGGAGCAACUCGAGUGGGUUUACCAACAGUCAAACCCUGUUAAGGCAUCCCUCGAAGUUGAUGAGAUUGAGGUGCGGUCCGAUGGCAAGGUCGUCAAUCACACUGGCCAUCGCCGAGUUUGA